AUGGCUGCCGCGUCGUCUUCUUCUCCUUGCCCUUCGUCUUCCUCCCAUUCAGAUGCUGGUCCCCUAGGAACCGCAGCGCGUCGGCACUUGCCUUUUGCUAAAAUGCUUCAAACCCCGCGUUUCUCCAAUCCCUUCGCCGCUCUCCCUAUCCCUGGGGGCUCGUCUUCCGAGUCCUCCGCUGCUUCCGCCGACUCCGCUGCUUCCCCCGCCUCCGCCUCCGCCUCCGCCUCCCCCCCUUCCGCCUCCGCCCCGUCCGCCUUUCAAGGGGACGCGUCGCCGUCCGCCGCAGCGCCUGAUUCGGCGCCUUCCGCGGCGGGCUCCAAGGCGCUGAUCCUGCUGCCGCGCCAACGGCUUCUCUUAGUCCCCGCCGCCGACUCGACCCCGGCUACUCCCGCUGACGUCAUCACCGUCGUCGACGCAGGUUCGCGGAAGGACCCCAGUGUGGAACUUAUCCCAGGUCCGGCCGGCGAUGCCGGUCCUUCCGCCGUGAUUCCCGGUCCGAGCGUCGUAACCUGGUCGAAGCUCGCGGGGUGGCGGGUCGAGCUCCCGCCGAACCUACCCGACCUGACGAAGCUUCGUCCGGACAUCGAGAAGCUUCGGCCGGCGCUGGAGGCGCGUGUGCAGCACACGCUGUCGCACGUGCCGUUUCGGGAGCUUCUCGAGGAGAUCCAGCAGUGGAGCAAGGCGCGCGGGGGGAUCGGCGGGUGGGCGGAGGGGAGCGCGCGCGGAGCGCGGCGGUACCCGAACAAGCAGAAGCUGUCGUCCGUGCAAGACUUUUUCCAAUACGCGGAGGCGGAAGGGACCUCGCUUGUUCACGGGAGCCCAGAGUUGGACAAGGGCGGGGACGGGCAGGUGCAACUGGAGCCCUCCCCUCCCCUCCCGCCACCCCAACCCCCCAACCCAACUGUAACAAGUGGGGGCUGCACUAGAGGCAGCGUGAAGCGCACGGGAGGCGAAAGCAUGCAGCAGCAGCGUGCAACUGCGAACGUGGGCAGCAAAGGGACGGAAGUGAGCAGGACGUGGGGGACCCACGUGAGAAGGGCGAAACUGAGGCCGGCGGCUCUUUGCCGAGCUAGACAAGGACGGGACGGGCAGGUGAAGCUGGAGGAUCUCGAAAGAGAGCUGAAGCGCCGGCGCCUGCUUGUCGUCCCCCAGCCUCCAAUCCCAACCUCCCCAAUUCCCCCCCACCCGCCUCACCCAUCAGGCCGGCGCCUGCUUGCCGAGUUGGACAAGGACGGGGACGGGCAGGCCGGCGGCUCUUUGCCGAGCUGGACAAGGACGGGGACGGGCAGGUGCGUGGGCUGUGACUGGUCAAACGGGUCAACUGGGAGGGAGGAGUUCCAGUCGUUCAUGGAGGCCAAAGAGCCCGCCAUGCUGCGAGCGUUCACCUCUUUAUGCGUGGGAUCGCCUGGGACGCUUCAGAAGGGACAGGUGCGUGCAGUGAGAGAGAGGGGGUCCAUGGCAUGGUUACAUGGUUACAUGGUCACACGCCACUGGCUGGCCUCUUCCUUCGGUUGGGAGGAGUUCCAGUCGUUCACGGAGGCUAAGGAGCCCGCCAUGCUGCGAGCGUUCACGUCGCUGUGUGUGGGGUCGUCAGGCACGCUGCAGAAAGGCCAGGUGAGUGGAGCAUUGGGAGGGAUGGCUCGUGGCGUGGCUGACCUGUGGGAGGAGGGGUGCGUGAAGACUCUGGAGUCAAGAUUAGUUCGGGUGGGAGGAGUUCCAGACGUUCAUGGAGGCCAAGGAGCCGGCGAUGUUCCAGGCUUUUACUUAGCUGUGUGUGGGGUCGGCAGGGACGCUGCAGAAGGGACAGCUGUUUGCUUCACUGGAAAAAGCCGGGCUGCCAGCAACAGAGAGCAACGUGCGGGCCACGAUGCGGUGUUCGCGUCACUGGAGAAGGCCGGCCUGCCAGCAACAGAAAGCAACGUGCGGGCAAUGAUGCGGUUCCUAGAUGCAGACGAGUCGGGCCACGUAACCUAUGGGGACUUUCGGAACUUUCUGCUGUUGCUGCCGCCCGAACGGCUGCAAGGAAGUGACCCCAGGUGA